AUGGCGGAUGACAAGGAUUCUCUGCCCAAGCUUAAGGACCUGACAUUUCUCAAGAACCAGCUGGAGCGCCUACAGCAGCGUGUGGAAGGUGAAGUCAACAGUGGCGUAGGCCAGGAUGGCUCCCUCUUGUCCUCCCCAUUCUUCAAGGGCUUCCUGGCAGGAUACGUGGUGGCCAAACUGAGGGCAUCAGCAGUAUUGGGCUUUGCAGUGGGCACUUGCACUGGCAUCUAUGCAGCUCAGGCAUAUGCCGUACCCAACGUGGAGAAGACACUGAAGAACUACUUUAGGUCGCUACGGAAGGGGCCUGACUAG